AUGACUAGCCUAUACAACAGUUACCUGGGCACAUCGACUAACCAAGCAGGUGAGCCGAUUGGUCAAGCGAUUCGUAUUGCUGAACUCCAGCACCGAAAUGCCCUGCUUGCUGACCAAUGUCGCUGGCUGCAGCUCGCUACUACUGGCAACGAAGCCAACGAUCUGGCUAAUUUCGUUUCGGUGAGCGAUACUUAUUGUUGUUUAAAGAGCCCUACGCGUGGCACGUACUUAAGCAGUCAUAUUUCAGCAUAA